CAGCUAGGGCAAAAACUGUGCCAAUUAGCUCGGUUUUUUCCAAUUGGAUAACAAACGGAUCUGCAGUGCUGCAGACGCAGAACGCCAUGCGACAUGUCAAAACAUCGGAAUUACAGGUCCAUGGAUCAGACCAGCAGCGGCGUCGUCAUACGCAAAAAGACUAUGACAGCCGUAUGCUUUGUAUGCAACCUGCCCAUAAUGUCGCAUCAGGUCGGCCUGGUGUGGCAGGGUGGCAAUGGCUGGGACGACUUGGUGCGCGAACAGCUGGAGGAGUCGACGAUACGCCAACGUCUUGGUGGUCGUCGCGAUUCGGCAGCACAGAUCACAACUCCGCCAAGCACAUCGCCGCCGCCAGGUAUGCAGCGACGCCGACGCAGCUCGCUGGCUCAGUUAACUGACAUUUUGCGCGAGUGGAGCGGCGGCGGCAAGCAGCAUCAGCAGCAGCAGCAACAUCAGCAGCAACAGCAGCAAUCGGCCCGCAACAAAGGCCAGUUGAAUCGCCGCGAAACUCUCGCCGAUCUGGCACGCAGCUUGCCCUGGCGCACCUCGACUACAGAUGCUGGCACCGGCGGUGCCAGCUCCAGCUCCAAUAUCGGCCAUACCACCACCAGCUAUGUGACGCCACGCAAGCGACGCGAGUCGAGCGCCGACUCUGGCAUAAGGAGCAUGCGCUCCCGCCGCGACUCCAACACCGCCGAGUUCGUCAGGCACUGGAACCGACGAGAAAGCACCACAGUUGAGGAGCACUCGAGCAAUGUCAUUGUGCCCGUCGUUGUCGAGUGCACUAAGAGCGCGUCGAGACGCGGCUCGGGCGAAAGUUACCUGUCUAGCAGCCGGCGUGACAGCAAUGUUGCCGGACGCGUAACAACGCCGCCUCCACCACCCAAAUACCAAGUGACCAAGAAGCGCGACUCGCUGGCCGCACCGGAAUUUCCCAAUUUUCGGCAGGAGCAGCGUCCAUCGACUAGCUCCGCCGGCUCAGACUCUGUGCCAUUAAUCUCAACCAGCACUUAUCACCAGGUGGACACAUCCUGUCAAGCGCUGCCGCCACCAACAAUUAUAACCAGCUCGGUGACGCCGCCAGCCACCAGUCCGACAGCACCGAAAGGACGACGCGACUCCACCACACAAUGCGGUCGAGUCAACAGGCGCGACUCCAAGGCAGGCAUCAGUCCAGAGCGAGCGCCUCGACUGCAGCGCUUGCAGCGGCAGGCAACAGCAUUCGAUGAGAGCUGCUUGCCCGGCGGCAGUCGACGCGGCUCACAGCCAGCGCUCAGUCCAGAUCCGCCAGAGGACUGUGAGCGUCGCACCUCACGGCGAGACUCGCUCUCGCCGGACAGCGCUUCGCGCGGCGGUCGGCGGGAUUCGCGCACCCACCUCUCGCCGGAUCGCUCGCACGAACGCGACGGCAGUCCCAGGCGACAUACGCUGCGACGGCAGAGUAGCUCCGCAGCACGCUCAGCCCGCUCGCCGGACUCCAAUAGCUGCUCCUCGUCACGGGAUCCCAGCCCCUGCUCGAGGCCCCAAACGACCACCGUCGAACAGAAUCAACGGCCGGCAAUACGCCGCCAAUCGACCACCGAGGAGAUACUAAUCGCACGCGGCUUUCGCCGCCAAUCGACCACCGAGGAGAUGAUACGCUGUCGCAACUUUCGACGGCAGAGCUCCCAGAGCGACGACGUCUGUCGCUAUCGCGGCAGGCGCGACUCGUCCGCUCAGAUCAUUGAUGGCACCAUUGGCACCAUGACUGUCGAAACAACCAGCACCUUCUUCGACUCCAGCACCCAGACAGAGCCAUCGCCGCUUUAUGAUAACAAUCAUUAUCAUGAGGAAUGUUUGCGCUGCAACUCGUGUGGCCUCAAUCUGACUGGGCCCAAUCAGAAGCGCGCCAGAAGGUUUAAGAACCAAAUACUGUGCGAUCUGCAUUUCGCCGACGUUGCCCUAAUGGAGUGCUCGGAUUUUAUGCAACAGCUGCGCAGCUUCAAGCCGCAAUCUCUGGGCUGUGCGGUAGCCAGGCGCAAGAGCUCAACGACGUUAAUAUUUCCACUGCCGCCGCAAGCUUGUUCAGAUGAAUUUUGCGAAGAAUAUCCGCAUAAUUUGAUGCCCACGCCUGGCUAUUGGAUCGAGUGUUCGCGCCAGAAGAUAACGCUGCCCACGCCGCACACAAUCUGGGAUGAGAGCGACUCGGAGCACGAGGAUAUACGGGCCGGCAGUGCCAGUGAUGCGUAUUUGGAGCGCGAAUGCAGUGAUCUGUAUGAGGACGACGAGGACUCGGAGGCGACGCCCAGUCCGCGCAAGAAGACGACCAUCGAGGAGCAAUGGGAUCAGCAGGGCGCCUUCGAGCUAAUCUCGGUGGAGCAGGAGACAUAUGAGAAAUACUUUUAUGGCACCGAACACUGGAAUUACUUUACCAGCGAUGAGGAUCUCGGCCCCGUUAUCCUAUCGAUCAAACAGGAAACGCUCAACGGACGCGAUCAGUUUCGUAUACUGGUGCGCGCUGGUUCCUAUACGGUGCAUGGACUGAUACCGGCCUCAUGUGUGUUCGCCGAUAGAUAUAAUCGCGAGGAGGUAGUUAGAUCUUUAGGUAAAGAAGUUAAUUUAAAUCCACCUUUAACAUUAGGACAAUUACCCGAUACGCCCGAGGAGCUACUAAAAUUAGAUCAGGUUUUUAUAAAAUCCGAACUGAAAGUGGGCGUCAUAUUUGUCAAGGAGGAACAAUAUACCGAAGAGCAAAUUUUGGACAAUAAUGAAAAUUCGGCGCUCUUUGAUGAGUUCCUCACGCUGCUCGGCGAUCGUGUGCGAUUGCGCGGCUUCGACAAAUACAAAGGUGGCCUUGAUACGGUGCAUGACCUGACAGGUCUAUUCUCCGUCUACACGAAUUGGCGCAACAUUGAGAUCAUGUUCCAUGUAUCCACGCUGUUGCCCUAUGAGAAACACGAUCCGCAGAAGCUCCAGCGCAAACGUCACAUCGGCAACGAUAUCGUCUGCGUCGUAUUUCUCGAAGCCGACAACACGCGCUUCAGUCCCGCCUGUAUCAAAAGCCAUUUUCUGCACACCUUCAUACUGGUGCGUGUUUCGGCACGUAUUAAGCACAAGCCGACACGUUAUGAGGUAUCUGUGGUAACACGCGACGAGGUGGGCGCCUACAAGCCCUAUCUGUGGGAGCAGUCGGUGUUCGAGAAGGGUCCAAUGUUUCGCGAAUGGCUGUUGACGAAAAUUGUGAACGGCGAGCGAGCAUCGUAUUCGGCGCCAAAGUUUGCUCGCAUGCAGGAGCGAACGCGCUCCCAGAUGCUGGAGGAUCUCGUGAUGAAUCUGUCGAACCAUGCGGAAACUGGGCAAAUACCGAAGCCGUAUAGGCGCGGCUCCUGGCGGCCAAUUGGCCAUAUGAGACCUUCAUCGCCGCUGCUGGACUCGGUGCGGGAUCAGUUCGAGGACUACGACCAACUGGCCAAAGACUUUACACGUGUUUUUCUAAACGACGAACCAUCGUGCCUCACAAACGCCCAUCUGUUCGAUGUGGUCUUCCUGGUGGGUCAGUCCAAGCAGAAGGCGCGUCUGAUUGGAGUGCGUGCCAUACUAGGAGUGCGGAGUCGCGUCUUUCAGGAAAUGCUUUACGGCAUCCAGACGGGCUUUGGUUCACCGCAGAUACCAGUUGCCGAGAUCUUCGCGCGACCGGCCCCAUCACUCGUCUCGCCACAGAAUCAGAAGCCAAAGAGCAACAACUAUUUGACGGUGCCCGAUUCGGAUUCGAUACGGCCCAAGAGUGUGCCCUCGUCGCCGAUGGUGAAGCGGGCCUUCUCGCGCCUUGGCACGAUCACCGCUGGCUGGGGCCGAUCCAUACGCAACAAGAAUACGAAUCAGCUGAAUCCGGACGAUAAAAAGAAAUGGAUAUCAUCAACAGAUUGUUCGAACAGAGAUAGCAAAGACAAGGACAAGGACAAGCCGGGCAGCAAUCAAUUGGCCGUGCCACGCCUCUCCGUUUGCGCCGACGCCCAAAAGGUGGACCGGGCCAAGCUGGCCCAAACGGAAUUCAACAUCAUCGAAUUCGAUCCAGAUACGUUUCGAGUGCUACUCGACUAUCUGCAUACGGGCACCUGUCCCUUGACCUGUGUCUCCAUACCAGGUUUACUGUGCGCCGCAGAACACUACGAUUUGCCGGAGCUGCUGCAGGCGUGCUUCCAUCAUUGCAAGCAGUUCCUGCGCAUCGAGGUCGUCUGUCCGAUGCUCAUAUCGUUGGAGAACUACUACUGGCGCUACACAUCCGCCUCAGAGCUGGUCAACAUGAUAUUGUCGUUCGUGGAGAGCAAGGCCCAUUCCUUGUUCAAGUGCCCGGAAUUCCUCAAUCUGUCCGAGUCGAUGGUGCAGAUGAUAAUGUGCCGUGAGCUGCAAACGCCGGAGAUACGCAAAUUUGAGGCGAUGCUCGCCUGGGCCCAGCACAAGGUGGCCAAACUGAAGAACCAUCCCAACAAGGAUACGCAGUUCGAGUUCGAGUGCAUUAUGGAGCGUUUGACACGUGAUUUGAACCUGUGCCGCAUAUCGCCCAGCGAACUGCUCACCGUUGUGCUGCCAUCGAAGUCGAUGAAGAACGAACGGAUCAUGGAGACGCUAAUGGUGCAGGUGAAUCUCGGCACCUAUCGCAUGCCCGAGCUGGAUGCGUACCGUCAGCAGUUGCGACAGCAAGAGUCUGCCGAGGCCAACGUGCAAGUCCAUCGGGGUGGAUGAGACAGUAAGAAUGUG